UUGUUGUGUCUGUGUGAUAAACAAACUGCUGCACUCUGUUAUCACCAAUCCUCAAAACCAGUUUAUACGGAGAACAGCGGUAUAUUUUUGGUUUGAAGAAUCCAAAAAACGCGCCUUCAUGCGUUUGCUUCAGUGGCAAUGAUGGCGGGUAGGGGCAGGCUGGUUCCAUGUGUGUGUCUGGGGCUGUUUGGUGUCCUGUGCUGGGUCUGGGUCUCCUUUGCCUCCUUUCCAGAUGAUCAACUUCCCAUGGAGGCCUUGGAUGCAGUGGACCGAGGAGCCUUCCAGCCCCAGAGUGCUCUGUCAGAGAUGGAGUUCGCCUCCAUCAGUUCAUACAGAGGACCUGGCAACCAUGAUCGCCGCAGCAACAAGGAGCUGCCCAUUCUUCUCUGGUGGAGUGGAGGACUGUUCCCACAUUUCCCUGGUGACACCGAACGCAUUGACUGUGCCACAUCCUCCUGCCUGGUCACAAGCAACCGCAAGGUCCAGCUGUACAGACGGACAGCAUCCAUCAUCUUUUAUGGAACAGACUUUCGUGCAUAUGAGGCGCCGCUCCCUCGUCUCCGCCACCAGACCUGGGCACUGUUCCAUGAAGAGUCACCCAUGAAUAACUACGUCCUCUCCCAUGGACCGGGAAUCCGGCUGUUCAACUACACUGCCACAUUUCGCAGGGAGUCUGACUAUCCUCUGACCCUGCAGUGGCUGCCUUCUCUGGAUUACUUGCUGGAGCCUGUGGUCGUGUCCCUGGAGGAGAAGAACCGGCUGAGGAAGGAGGGCCUGGCUCCUGUGCUCUACAUGCAGUCUCACUGCGAUGUACCGUCAGACAGAAACAGAUAUGUCCAGGAGCUCAUGAAGUAUAUUCAGGUGGACUCCUACGGAAAAUGCUUGAACAACAAACCUCUACCUGAACACCUAGAGGACACGGCCACAGCUACCGGUGAAGAGGCCGGCUUUAUGAAUUUUGUUGCGCGCUACAAGUUUCACCUGGCACUGGAGAACGGCCUGUGUCCAGAUUACAUGACCGAGAAGCUGUGGCGGCCUCUCCAUCAGGGCUGCGUGCCUGUCUACCGAGGCUCCUCUGUGGUGGCAGACUGGAUGCCCAACGACCACUCCGUCAUCAUCAUAAAUAACUUUCCCUCACCGAAAGCUCUCGGUGAAUUCCUCAAACGUCUCGAUGAGAACGAUGAUGCAUAUGCAAAAUAUUUAGAGUUCAAGAACCCCAGCCGCAUCACUAACACUCGUUUGUUGGAGGCUCUGGAGGCCCGCGAGUGGGGGGUUAAUGACAUGAGUAAACCCAACUACCUGAAUGGAUAUGAAUGUUACGUGUGUGACCAGGAGAAUGCACGACUGGCAGCAGAACGAGCAUAUAGGAAAGCCCCUAAAAAGAACCGACCUCCUCAGCCUAAAAUGGCCAACAACUCUCACAUGGGGUGCCCCCUGCCCAGCCCGGGGUAUGGACCAGUGCAAGACCUACCUGCAGAUGAUGGAUGGUUGCAAAUAUGGCCCCAGGAUUACUGGCAGAGCCUGGACCAAGCAGAGGGGCUGGAGUCCCUGAUAAGACAUAACGAGUCAGACCCUUCGCUGCUGUGGAAGCACAUCCAAAACAUUGCUGUGAGCAGAGCCAGAGGAAAACACUGACACAGGCCUUGAACAGAGGAUGGAGCGCAUCCAGGAUUACAGAGGUGUCCCAUAUUAUGCAUCCCCUCUGUUUAAAUGAGGGAAUGAAGCAGACUUCCUUUACCUUUAUGAGCAGUUUAGUUCUACCAUAACAUAUUUUGAUAUUGAAUUUAGCUGACAUGAUAUAUUUGGCUUUUAUCCCUAUUUUCCAUUAUAACCUAUUUAAAUUCAGUAAUGGGAAAAUAAUGUUUUGGAGUGCUAUAUGCUAAUAUUUUCAAGUCGCUUUUUUACUAUAACCGAGGUGCCAUCAUUGUCCUUGCUCCGCCUUGCACUGUUAACAUUAACUGCAUGCAGUGCAGUUGUUCCACAGAGGCACAUUCUCAUGGGAGGCAAAUUUUCAUUGGACUGGGGCAGGGCCAAGGGAGCUCUGCCUAACUGCGUGUGAAGACUAUCAAGAAAGUAGCCAAUGAAGUGCAUUAGCUUCUUUCCAGUUACUCAGCAGGUAGCUGAUGGCCAGUAUUAGCUAAAGUCACAUUUAUGUACACAGCUUUUUAGGUGACUAUGCAAGGAAAAUAUUACUUCACCAAGAAGUGGAGAAAGGCAAAUGGAAAGUUCAGCACAAAUCCUCUGUGGAAACUCACCACUGCAUUUGAAAAGUAGUUCUCAGGAGCUCAUCUAAUGCAUUUCUGUGGCAGAUACUUUAUAAUAUUGUCCUAACUUUUCAGUUACAUGAUGCUAAAAACAGGUUUAUGUGCAAUAUUUUUUUAAUCAUGCUUUUCUAAAAUGUGUAACUGCUUGAGACUCUGACAGUGUUGUGUCUGCUGGCACAACGUUUUACAUAACAUAUUUAUACCAGGAUUCUAUAAGUCAUUUUAAUUUUUUUAACAAAGCAUCAUACAUGUGAACACACUAUUUUGUAUCAUGAAGAGCAAAAGAAGUAAACAUUUUGUAAUAAAGUCAUUUUCUUGCAUAACCGCUGUUGCUAAAAUAUAACU